UUUCUUUCUUUUUUUCUUCCUUCCUUCCUUCCUUAAUUUAUUUUUCGAGACAGGGUUUCUCCUUAUAGCCUUGGCUGUCCUGAAACUUGAUCUGUAGACCAGGCUGGCCUUGAACUCAGAGACCCACCUGUCUCUGCCUCUUGAGUGGUAGGAUUAAAGGUGACACCAUGCUGGCUAUUGCUGGGAAUUUUUAAAAAUAUUAAAAUGCGAAUGAUGCUGUAAAUAUUAAGGUCAUAUAAAAGUAAGAAUAUUUUUCAGUUACUCCCCUCAGAUUAAAUGCUGAAGAAAGAAUGGCUUCCCAUCAGAAGCAAAUAAGGUAUUAUAUAAAUGAUGGUAAAAGGAAAUGAGGGUUGGGGGUGGAGCUCUUCCUGCUAUUUGAGCUGGGCUCUGAGAGCUGAGUCUCCUUGGUGAAUCCCUAGAUUCUGCUCACCCACUGUGUGGGACCACAUGCAGCUCUUUUGCCUUAUCCCAUAAUUUUCCUUCUCUGCUCCUGUUCCAGGGAUUUAUCAUCAGUGGGACCACUCUUUAUGCCUCACCUCUGCCCAAGGCCUCAGCUACUAACUUUGUUUCAAGGUCUUUAGUUCUGGUCAAUCUUGCUCUUGGCUCUAGGUCCGCCUUGUUCUGAACUCUGGUGGGAAUCAGAGUGUGAGGCUGUCCUUCCCAACAACACAGAGGGAUGCAUUUAGUUAGAAAAGCAGAAAAUGCUCUUUAUUUUCAGAUAUACCUAAUUUACAUUUCUGGAGUCAUGUGGGGUGGAGAUUUCACUUCUGAUUGAAAUGUCUGAUUGGAAUUGAGGAAGAAACCAGGCUGAAAGAAACUUGUAUCAUAGUAGUCCACAUGGGAGCUGUGAAGCCACCACUCAGAAAGGAGACUCUGAAGAGGAAGAACUUUGAGGAGUAUCUAGUUAGGGAGAGACAGCAGGAAAUUAGCAAAGAAGACUGGAUUCUAGACAUCAUGUACCAAAAUGAUGGAUGUCACAGAAAUAGGGAGAAGGGUUUGAAGGGGACAGCAAUACCCGAAAAAGGGUCAUUUAAGUUACAAGAUAAUCAGGAGGCAAGAGUAGCUGGAUGGAGGCUGGCAGGAUUCCCAAGGAUCCAAAACAAAAAAACAAACAAACAACCCCCCCCCCAAAAAAAACAACAAAAAAACGGUGGCUUAAUUAAAAUGAUAGGGAAAACAAAUAUGGGAAAGUUGGCUUCAAUCCAUGUAAUUCUGUACGGAUCAGACUCUGUCUAUGUCCUGGUCCUGGGUUCAGGGCAGCUGUGCGGGGCAGUUUUUUUCACUGGCCCAUGCCAGAUGAAGGCUGAGCGCCUUCAAACCACCGCGAGGCUGCAAGGUCAGGAGAGGGAGCUCGAGCCACCUGGAAGGAUGCAGUCUUUUCUAUCGUCAGAAGUCCCUGUCAACAUUAUUUACUCCAAUAAAUAACUUUCCACAGUGCCAGGCGACAGCAUUUGUUGCUCAGGGGACACACAGUGAUGCAAGAGCCCCGCUCUAUGUCUUCCUGCAUGUCACUUGCCCUGACCACGGCGUCCCCAGAGGUGGCGAACAGCCUUUGGAGCCCUGAGGCUUGCUUGGGUGAGGGGAGUGUUUCCUGAGACCCCGCCAAGGUGGCCAGCCUGGAGUAUCUCCUUCACCCCGCAAGGUUAUUCCCCACCCUCCACCUCUCAAACCCAGCCGAUCUCCACAGCAGCUCAUCCGGUCUCCUUAUCUCUCGGCCGCGGACUUCACGGCCGAGUGGGGGCGCUGUCGAGGAGCACGUCCGGGCGGACGCGCGGGCCACGCCUCGCAGACAUUCAGGAAAUGAUGCAAUGCUUGAGCCCUGCAGCUAAAGUUCAGUCAAGCCGAAUGGCGGAAGUCCCGCCCAACCCCGCCGGCGGAAGUCCCGCCCGCUCUUGACGGCGGAAGUCCGGUCCUCCGCUUCUCCAGGUUUCCUCGUGCGUUCCACCGCCGGCAUGGCGCAUUACAACUUCAAGAAGAUUACGGUGGUGCCGUCAGCCAAGGACUUUAUUGACCUGACAUUAUCCAAGACACAACGAAAGACUCCAACGGUUAUUCAUAAACAUUAUCAAAUUCAUCGAAUUCGACAUUUUUAUAUGAGAAAAGUCAAAUUUACUCAACAGAAUUAUCAUGACAGACUGUCACAGAUUCUGUCCGAUUUCCCCAAAUUGGAUGAUAUCCAUCCAUUUUAUGCUGACUUGAUGAAUAUUCUCUAUGACAAGGAUCACUACAAGUUGGCUCUAGGACAAAUAAAUAUUGCCAAAAACUUGGUGGACAAUGUUGCUAAAGAUUACGUGCGACUUAUGAAGUAUGGUGAUUCUCUCUACCGAUGCAAGCAGCUGAAGCGCGCUGCCCUGGGGCGAAUGUGUACGAUUAUCAAGAGGCAGAGGCAGAGUUUGGAGUACUUGGAACAAGUACGUCAACAUCUAUCCCGCUUGCCAACCAUUGAUCCAAAUACAAGGACUCUACUUUUGUGUGGGUAUCCAAAUGUUGGGAAAUCCAGCUUCAUCAAUAAGGUGACAAGAGCAGAUGUGGAUGUUCAGCCCUAUGCAUUUACCACCAAGUCUCUGUUUGUCGGGCACAUGGAUUAUAAGUAUCUGCGCUGGCAGGUUGUAGAUACCCCAGGGAUUUUGGAUCAUCCUUUGGAAGAUCGGAACACCAUUGAGAUGCAGGCCAUCACAGCCCUGGCCCACCUCCGAGCUGCAGUUCUGUAUGUGAUGGAUUUGUCUGAGCAGUGUGGACAUGGGUUGAAGGAGCAAUUAGAACUCUUCCAGAAUAUCAGACCCCUGUUUAUCAACAAGCCUCUUAUUGUUGUAGCAAACAAAUGUGAUGUGAAGAGAAUAGCUGAACUUUCUGAAGGAGAUCAGAAAAUAUUUCUAGACUUGCAGGCUGAAGGAUUUCCUGUCAUCGAGACCAGCACCCUGACUGAGGAAGGUGUCAUUCAAGUUAAAACGGAGGCUUGUGAUAGGCUUUUGGCUCACCGAGUAGAAACGAAAAUGAAAGGAAAUAAAGUGAAUGAGGUUCUGAACAGAUUGCACUUAGCUGUGCCCAACAAGAGAGAUGACAAGGAGAGACCCCCGUUCAUCCCAGAAGGAGUGGUAGCUCGUCGGAAGAGAAUGGAGAUCGCAGAACCCAAGAAGAAGAGGGAACGAGAUCUUGAGCUGGAAAUGGGAGAUGAUUAUAUUUUGGAUCUUCAGAAAUACUGGGACUUAAUGAAUUCAUCUGAGAAGUAUGAUAAGAUACCAGAGAUUUGGGAAGGCCACAAUGUUGCUGAUUAUAUCGAUCCUGCUAUCAUGAAGAAAUUAGAAGAGUUGGAAAAGGAAGAAGAGCUCCGAACAGCUGCUGGGGAGUAUGACAGUGAGUCUGAGAGUGAAGACGAGGAAAUGGUGGAAAUCCGACAGCUGGCAAAACAAAUUAGAGAGAAGAAGAAGUUGAAAAUUCUACAGUCCAAAGAAAAGAACACACAGGGACCCCGCAUGCCCCGGACUGCUAAGAAGACAUUUUACUUAAAACAAGUUAUCUUCCCUCCCCUCCGCACCUUCUCAGGUUCAACGGGCAGAUUUAGAGAAUGAGAUGCGUAGUCUUGGCGUGGACAUGGAUGAUAAAGACAAUGCCCACUAUGCAGUCCAGGCCAGAAGAUCUCGGAGUGUCA